AUGCUCCCUUCACACUCUGAGAGAACAGGGGGCUCCAGACAACAAGACUCUGAUCAUCGAGAUAAAUCUCACCUUGUUAUCUCAUCACUUGCACAUUACAAGAGCCAUAGUGAGAGAGCAAACAAGCUGAGCCGUAGGAAGAUAGCGAAGAAGCUGAGCCGUAGGAAGAUAGCGAAGAAGCUGAGCCGUAGGAAGAGAGCGAACAAGCUGAGCCGUAGGAAGAGAGCGAACAAGCUGAGCCGUAGGAAGAGACUGAGCCGUAGGAAGAGAGCGAACAAGCUGAGCCGUAGGAAGAGAGCGAACAAGCUGAGCCGUAGGAAGAGAGCGAACAAGCUGAGCCGUAGGAAGAGAGCGAACAAGCUGAGCCGUAGGAAGAGAGCGAACAAGCUGAGCCGUAGGAAGAGAGCGAACAAGCUGAGCCGUAGGAAGAGAGCGAACAAGCUGAGCCGUAGGAAGAGAGCGAACAAGCUGUGCCGUAGUGAGAGAGCGAAUAAGCUGAGCCGUAGGAAGAGAGCGAACAAGCUGAGCCGUAGGAAGAGAUCGAAGAAGCUGAGCCGUAGGAAGAGAGCGAACAAGCUGAGCCGUAGGAAGAGAGCGAACAAGCUGAGCCGUAGGAAGAGAGCGAACAAGCUGAGCCAAGAGAGCGAACAAGCUGAGCCUAGGAAGAGAGCGAACAAGCUGAGCCGUAGGAAGAGAGCGAACAAGCUGAGCCAUAGUGAGAGAGCGAACAAGCUGAGCCGUAGGAAGAGAGCGAACAAGCUGAGCCGUAGGAAGAGAGCGAACAAGCUGAGCCGUAGGAAGAGAGCGAACAAGCUGAGCCGUAGGAAGAGAGCGAACAAGCUGAGCCGUAGUGAGAGAGCGAACAAGCUGAGCCGUAGGAAGAGAGCGAACAAGCUGAGCCGUAGGAAGAGAUCGAAGAAGCUGAGCGAAGAGAGCGAACAAGCUGAGCCUAGGAAGAGAGCGAACAAGCUGAGCCGUAGGAAGAGAGCGAACAAGCUGAGCCGUAGGAAGAGAGCGAACAAGCUGAGCCGUAGGAAGAGAGCGAACAAGCUGAGCCGUAGGAAGAGAGCGAACAAGCUGAGCCGUAGGAAGAGAGCGAACAAGCUUAGCCGUAGGAAGAUAGCGAACAAGCUGAGCCGUAGGAAGAUAGCGAACAAGCUGAGCCGUAGGAAGAUAGCGAACAAGCUGAUCCGUAGUGAGAGAGCGAACAAGCUGAGCCGUAGUGAGAGAGCGAACAAGCUGAGCCGUAGUGAGAGAGCAAACAAGCUGAGCCGUAGAGAGACAGCGAACAAGCUGAGCCGUAGGAAGAGAGCGGACAAGCUGAGCCGUAGGAAGAGAGCGAACAAGCUGAGCCGUAGGAAGAGAGCGAACAAGCUGAGCCGUAGGAAGAGAGCGAACAAGCUGAGCCAUAGUGAGAGAGCGAACAAGCUGAGCCGUAGGAAGAGAGCGAACAAGCUGAGCCGUAGGAAGAGAGCGAACAAGCUGAGCCGUAGGAAGAGAGCGAACAAGCUGAGCCAUAGUGAUAGAGCGAACAAGCUGAGCCGUAGGGAGAGAGCGAAGAAGCUGAGCCGUAGGGAGAGAGCGAACAAGCUGAGCCGUAGUGAUAGAGCGAACAAGCUGAGCCGUAGGAAGAGAGCGAACAAGCUGAGCCGUAGGAAGAGAGCGAACAAGCUGAGCCGUAGGAAGAGAGCGAACAAGCUGAUCCGUAGGAAGAGAGUGAACAAGCUGAGCCGUAGGAAGAUAGCGAACAAGCUGAGCCGUAGGAAGAGAGCGAACAAGCUGAGCCGUAGGAAGAGAGCGAACAAGCUGAGCCGUAGGAAAAGAGCGAACAAGCUGAGCCGUAGGAAGAGAGCGAACAAGCUGAGCCGUAGGAAGAGAGCGAACAAACUGAGCCGUAGUGAGAGAGCGAACAAGCCUGAGCCGGAGAGAGCGAACAAGCUGAGCCGUAGGGAGAGAGCGAACAAGCUGAGCCGUAGGGAUAGAGCGAACAAGCUGAGCCGUAGGAAGAGAGCGAACAAGCUGAGCCGUAGGAAGAGAGCGAACAAGCUGAGCCGUAGGAAGAGAGCGAACAAGCUGAGCCGUAGGAAGAGAGCGAACAAGCUGAGCCGUAGGAAAAGAGUGAACAAGCUGAGCCGUAGGAAGAGAGCGAAGAAGCUGAGCCGUAGGAAAGAGAGCGAACAAGCUGAGCCGAAGAGAGCGAACAAGCUGAGCCGUAGGAAGAGAGCGAACAAGCUGAGCCAUAGGAAGAGAGCGAACAAGCUGAGCCGUAGGAAGAGAGCGAACAAGCUGAGCCGUAGUGAGAGAGCGAACAAGCUGAGCCGUAGGAAGAGAGCGAACAAGCUGAGCCGUAGGAAGAGAGCGAACAAGCUGAGCCGUAGGAAGAGAGCGAACAAGCUGAGCCGUAGUGAAGAUGCGAACAAGCUGAGCUGUAGUGAGAGAGCGAACAAGCUGAGCUGUAGGAAGAGAACGAACAAGCUGAGCCGUAGUGAGAGAGCGAACAAGCUGAGCCGUAGGAAGAGAGCGAAACAAGCUGAGCCGUAG